UCACUUGUUCUGCUCUCUGCUAUAUUAUGGCUUCCUCUUCUCUCUCACUUCCAGCCACCCUUCGUACACUCUCCUCCACUCUGCGAACCCCUCCUAAGAUUUCUUUCCCGCUUCACUCUCUGCCGGUUUCAUCGAAGCCCCGCGAUUUCUCCCUCGCCUUCACUCAGAUUUUUUCUGGGGUUUCCGAGUUACAGCCCAAGAAGCGGCUCGGUAUAAGAGCUAUUGCGUCGGCUACUGAUAUGGCAUCGGAGAAGAGGGUCUUCGAUUCAGGGGAAGAUCUAGCAGUUUCUGUAGCCGAAUACACCGCUGCUUUGUCGGAUCAGUUUGCUAAGAAGAGGGGUGCUUUCACUGUGGUUCUGUCUGGUGGAUCUCUUAUCAAAUGCCUCAGAAAAUUGGUGGAGCCACCAUAUGUUGAUUCAAUAGACUGGUCCAAAUGGCAUGUGUUUUGGGUUGAUGAGAGAGUUGUUCCCAAGGAUCACGCUGACAGCAACUACAAGCUCGCUUAUGAUGGUUUUCUCUCUAAGGUGCCAAUUCUUCCUGGUCACGUUUAUGCUAUUAAUGAUGCAUUAUCAGCUGAGGGUGCAGCUGAAGAUUAUGAAACCUGUCUGAAGCAUUUGGUGACUACCAAAGUGGUUGAUGUCUCUGCAGCAAGCGGGUUCCCAAAAUUUGAUCUUAUGCUUCUUGGUAUGGGCCCAGAUGGUCAUGUGGCUUCUUUAUUCCCAGGUCAUCCCCUUCUCAACGAGAAUCAGAAAUGGGUUGCCUUCAUCAAGGAUUCCCCAAAACCGCCCCCAGAGAGAAUCACUUUCACCUAUCCGGUUAUCAACUCAUCAGAAUACAUUGCACUUGUGGUUCCCGGUGCUAGCAAAGUGGAUGCUGUGUAUACAGCAUUAGGAGGAGGAAAUCCUCAAAAUGCUGAAACAUUACCUGUUCAGAGGGUCGCUCCUGAAGGUGUUUUGACGUGGUUCUUGGACAAGGAUGCAGCUUCGAAGCUGUAGUGUAAACGAGAUAUGUCAAUCAGACGUAGCAUCCAUGGUGUGUUAGGCUUAUGGUAUGCAUUUGAAUAAGAGAAUCUGUAUGUUCACAUCUGGGUUGGAGUGAAUAAAUGUAGUUUGAAGUUUGUUGGGAGUUUUCCGACCCAUUCCUUUUGGUUAACGCAAAUAUUUAGUGCUAAAAAUGGUAUUGUUGGAGUAGUGGGAAACUUGAAAAGGGAAGAAUUCUACAAUUGACAUAAUAAUUGAAGAAGACAGUGGGCAGUGGUCUGAUCGAUGCUUUUUUGCUUUAGGAAGGAAGAUGGCUUUGAUUUACAAGACAGAGCGAAAGCCAAAGUAUGUUGUGUUGUCACUAUCUGUGUGGAAUAUAGAGCAGCCAAGUUCGGUCCUAAA